AUGAUUAUCAUGGGAGACUCCAUAAAUUUAUUUAUUUUGGCAGAACAAACAGACAUGCUUUAAACUUAUUUAGAAACAGUGCUGCUGCUGUUCGUAGAUAUCGUGAAAAAUUUCCUAACUGAAGAAUACCAAAUCGUAAAACGUUUGGGGCCAUUGAAAGACGCCUUAUAUAUAAUAGCGCGCUAAAACAUAUACGAGUAAACGCUGGUCGACAAAGAUUUCGACGAACUGCAAACGUUGAUGAACAAAUACACGAUGCUAUUCCUACUACUUGUACCAGAAGAUUAUUACAUCGUUUCGAUGUUUCCUCAUCCAGCGUAUAGCGAACUUUACGCGAACAACAAUUGUAUCCAUUUCAUGUAUCGAGUAGGCAAGAUUUGUUACCACAAGAUUAUAACAAGCGCAGAAAUUUCUCCCAGUGGUUAAUUCGACAAUGCACACGAAAUCCUAA